AUGCAACAUAGAGCCGUGAGCGUGUUUCAUUACCAGCACUUUGGUGUUUACUCGGUCUGUCCCGUGCCCUUCCCAGUGGAUGUGGGAGAGGCUGAGGUUCAGAGUCCUGGGCUCCUGAUCUGGUGCCAACAAACACUAAUGUUUCUCUUCCAGAUCUUCCUGGCCGUGGCCAACUUUGGGCCCAAUGAAAGGGGCCAAGAGUUUUCAGUCAUCUACAAGUGGAGUCCCAGAAAGCUGAAGUUCACCCUUUACCAGAGGAUCGCCACCCACAGCGCCCGAGACUGGGAGGCCUUUAAGGUGGAUGGAGAGCACUUCCUGGUGGUAGCCAACCACCGAGAAGGGGACAACCACAACAUCGACAGCGUGGUCUACAGGUGGAACCCCGGCAGCCAGCUCUUCGAAGCCAAUCAGUCGAUUGCCACGUCCGGAGCCUAUGACUGGGAGUUCUUCACCGUGGGGCCCUACUCCUUCCUGGUGGUGGCCAACACCUUCAAUGGCACCUCCACCCAGGUGCACUCCCACCUCUACAUCUGGCUGGUCGGCGCCUUCCAGCUCUUCCAGUCAUUCCUGACCUUCGGCGCUGCGGACUGGGAGGUCUUCCACAUUGGCGAGAGGAUCUUCCUUGCGGUGGCAAACAGUCACAGCUACGACGUGCAGAUGCAGGCGCAGAAUGACUCCUAUGUCCUCAGCUCUGUCAUCUACGAGCUCAAUGUCACAGCUCAGAACUUUGUCAAGUUCCAGGACAUCCCCACCUGCAGUGCCCUGGACUGGGAGUUCUUCUCGGUGGGAGAAGAUCACUUCCUGGUGGUCGCGAACUCCUUUGAUGGAAACACCUUCUCGGUGAACAGUAUUAUUUACAGGUGGCAAGGCUAUGAGGGCUUCGUGGCAGUACACAAACUCCCCACUUUCGGCUGCCGGGACUGGGAGGCCUUUAAUACCACGGCAGGCUCAUACCUCAUCUACUCCAGCGCCAAAGAGCCCCUCUCCAGGGUCCUGAAGCUGCGGACUGGCUGAAGUUACCCGGGACCCUACGGCCUCCCCUGAGCAUCUGGGCAUGAGCAGAAGGCAGGACCCACCCAGCCCUCUCGGGUCCUGGGACAAGUGAAGAUGCCCGUAACCUCUCCACCCUCUCUGAGCUGGCUCUUUCCCCCUCCCCCAGCUGGUGCUGUACCAGAGCCACAGUCCUGGUGACUGGUGGCCAUAUUUCAGGUGGCCCUCGGACCCUUCAGGCUGAGGCCCAAGGCUGCCACCCAAUCUCGGUGCUCCCAGCCUGUGUCCUGCAGGAAUUCUGCCUUAAAGGGACAGUUGCUAUCACACUUUACCUCAAACACAGGGACCCUGGCAAUCUCUAGGGCCCCAACUCUCCCAGCCACCCCUGCUGUGCAGCUCUGAUGUGCCUGUCAUGACCAACACCUAUUUAUUGUAUUUUAUCUAGAUGGAAAUAUAUUUAUAUUGCUCUUUACAAAAAGCA